AUGGCUGUACUACCGGAUCCCACGGUAGACCUUGACUGGUCCGGCUACAUCGGUUCAAUUCAAUCUCACUUCAGCGAAAAUGCAAAGAAACAUCCGGAUAGAAUAUGCGUCGUCGAGACCAAGUCAUCAGAGUCUCCCGAGAGGACCUUUACAUACCGCCAGAUCCAUGAGGCGUCAAAUAUCCUCGCACAUCACUUGCACAAUGCUGGUGUCCAACACAACGAUGUGGUGAUGAUUUGGGCACACAGAUCUGUGGAUUUGGUAGUUGCCAUCAUGGGUACUUUGGCCGCUGGAGCUACUAUGAGUGUUCUUGAUCCUUUAUAUCCGCCAACUCGACAACAAAUCUACCUCGAAGUUGCUCAGCCUUGCGCACUGGUCAACAUUGCCCGAGCCACAGACGAAGCCGGUCCUCUCGCUCCUCUAGUGCGGAGAUAUAUUGACGAAGAGCUCAAGCUCAAGACUGAGGUUCCCUCCCUCCGAAUUGGCGAUGACGGCUUCCUAUUUGGUGGGGAGGUGGACGGCCGGGACGUAUUUGAGACGGUCAGAGCCAAGGCUGAGCUGCCUCCUGCUGUGCUGGUUGGACCUGAUAGCAACCCUACUCUGUCCUUCACCUCUGGCAGUGAAGGCAGACCAAAGGGUGUUCUGGGCCGCCAUUACAGUUUAGCCAAGUACUUCCCCUGGAUGGCCGAACGUUUCAACCUCAGUGCGGAGAGCAAGUUCACCAUGCUGUCGGGAAUCGCUCACGACCCCAUCCAAAGAGACAUCUUCACGCCCCUCUUCCUCGGAGCCCAGCUUCUUGUUCCCUCCAAGGAAGACAUCCAGCACGAGAGACUCGCCGAGUGGUUCAGAGACCAUCAACCGACCGUGACCCAUUUGACCCCUGCCAUGGGUCAAAUCCUCGUUGGCGGCGCAUCUGCCGAAUUCCCAUCGCUAGACCGAGCUUUCUUUGUAGGAGAUGUCCUUACAACAAGAGAUUGCAAGAGUCUGCGGCACCUCGCAGCUAAUGUAAACAUUGUAAACAUGUAUGGAACGACCGAAACGCAGAGAUCAGUUAGCUACUACGAGAUCCCGAGCCGGGCAAAGGAGCCGGAUUACAUGGACAAGUUGAAGGACACCGUCCCUGCUGGAACGGGUAUGCAGAACGUACAGCUUCUCGUUGUCAACAGACAGGAGCCUCAGAAGCUGUGUGGUGUCGGGGAAGUGGGCGAAAUCUAUGUACGUGCAGCUGGUCUCGCUGAAGGCUACAGAGGAGAUCCUGCACUCAAUGAAAAGAAGUUUUUGACUUCGUGGUUUGUCAGCGCCGACCACUGGACCCAAAAGGACCAGGCUGCCGCCAACAAGGAUGAGCCUUGGAGAAAGUAUUACAAGGGACCUAGAGAUAGACUCUACCGAACGGGUGACAUGGGCCGCUAUCUCGAAUCUGGUGACGUCGAGUGCACUGGACGAGCCGACGACCAAGUCAAGAUCCGUGGUUUCCGAAUCGAGCUCAACGACAUUGACAGCAACUUGAGCCAGAGUCGCCUUAUCCGCGACUGCAAGACUCUGGUCCGAAGAGACAGAAACGAAGAAGCCACCCUUGUCAGCUAUGUCGUCCCCGAGCUGAACGAAUGGCCCAAGUUCCUGGCCGCCCAGGGUUUGGAGGAUGUCGAGGAAGAGGGCACAGAUAUUGGCCCUACAAAGGUGUACUUUACACGAUUCCGACGUAUGCAGGCUGAGCUUCGUGAGCAUCUCAAGGGUCGAUUGCCGGCCUACGCAGUUCCCACCACCUUUAUCGUCCUGGCGAAGCUGCCUCUCAACCCCAACGGCAAGGUUGACAAACCCAACCUGCCCUUCCCCGAUAUCGCGGAGCAAAUUCAAGAUGCCUCCGACGCGGACGUAAGGCGAUGGGAGUCCAUGACGGAAACGGAGCGAACGGUUGCUACCAAGUGGGCAGAACUUAUCCCGGGUCUUAAUGCGCAGACCAUCAGCCCUCAGAACGACUUCUUCGACCUCGGAGGUCACAGUCUUUUGGCCCAGCAGAUGCUCCUUGUCAUGCGUAAGACCCUGGGAGCAAACAUAUCCAUCAAUCUGCUCUAUGAGCACCCUAGCCUGUCCGGGUUCAGUGCCCAAGUCGACAAGCAGCUCAGCUCAGGCGGUGCCGACGCAGCCAGCUCUGACGGAGGACAGGAUCCAGCCUAUGCACUCUCUCUCGAUGAACUCAUCCAGCAGCUCCCUGCCAAGUACCAAUCCGCAGAGCCGUCUACCAUUCGUGCGAGACAGAAGCCCACCGUGUUCCUCACCGGUGCCACCGGUUUCCUAGGCGCCUACUUGAUCAAGGAUAUCCUCGAGCGCACCAGCCGAUCAGUCCAGUUGAUUGCUCACGUUCGCAGCGCCAAAGAACCCAGCGCCGCAUUCUCGCGUCUCCAAAGAUCACUUGAGGGCUAUGGCCUGUGGCGUAGUGAAUGGGAAGGCCGCCUUAGCUGUGUUGUCGGCGACUUGAUGCAGCCGCAGCUCGGCAUCGACGCGCCAUCAUGGAAGAUGCUUACAGAAACCGUGGACGUGGUCAUCCACAACGGCGCUACAGUGCACUGGGUCAAGCGAUAUCAAGACAUGAUGUCUGCCAACGUCAUCUCCACCGUCGAUGCCAUGAGGCUCUGCAACGAAGGCAAGCCCAAGACCUUCACCUUUGUCAGCUCAACCAGCGUGCUCGACACCGACCACUACGUCAAGCUGUCAGAGCAGCAAGUCGGUACAGGACAGUCCGCCCUCUCCGAAGACGACGACAUGAUGGGCAGCCGCAGCGGCCUGGGCACCGGCUACGGUCAAACAAAGUGGGUGUCAGAGCAGCUCGUCCGCGAAGCUGGCCGCCGUGGUCUCCGCGGCUCAGUCGUUCGACCCGGAUACAUCCUGGGAGACUCCGAGUCUGGCGUCUGCAACACCGACGACUUCCUCAUCCGCAUGCUCAAGGGCUGCAUCCAGCUCAGCGUACGGCCCAAGAUCGUCAACACGGUCAACUCCGUCCCCGUCAACCAUGUCGCCCGCGUAGUCGUCGCAUCGGCCCUCAACCCGCUCCCCAACGGCGUACACGUCGUGCACGUCACCGGCCACCCGCGCCUCCGGAUGAGCGAGUACCUCUCACUGCUGGAAUACUACGGCUACAAGGUCCCCGAGGUCGCCUACGACGCCUGGAAGGAAGAAUUGGAGAACUACGUCUCCGCAGGUGGUCCGGAGAAGGACUUGGAGCAGCACGCCCUCAUGCCGCUAUACCACUUCUGCGUCAAUGACCUCCCUGCCAAUACCCGCGCCCCCGAAUUAGACGACCGCAAUGCCGUCAAGAUUCUCAAGGACGACGCCGAGAACUGGACUGGCAUUGACGAAAGUGCCGGUUACGGCGUGGGAAGAGAGGACGUGGGCAGAUAUCUGCGAUACCUGGCUGAGAUUCGCUUCGUAGGUUGGCCGACUGGACGGGGCCGCGCGCUCCCAGAGCUCCCCUUAAGUCAGGCGCAGCUCGAUGCUGCAGGAUCCGUAGGCGGACGAGGCGGCAAGUAA